AUGGAAGUUAUCCAAGAUCAGAAAAUGAUUAAAAAUGUUGAUCAAGAGCCUCAUAAUAUUAAUAAUCCUCACGUAGCUAUCCUUCCAUGUCCAGGUAUGAGUCAUCUCAUUCCUCAUCUUGAGCUAGCUAAGCGUUUGUGCAACUUUCAUGACAUCCAAGUGACGUUUUUUGUGUACACAACUGAAGCUUCUGUGGCUCAAUCUCAUUACCUCAACUCACAGCCUCUUCCCGAAUCUCUUCACGUUUAUCACCUUCCCUCGAGAGACAUUUCUCCUUUUGUAACAGAUUCUACUGAUGUUUUCACUCGUACCACUAUAAUCAUCCGUGAAUCUCUUCCUGAUGUCCAAUCCUACAUUCUCAGCAGUUUCGAUAAUAAGAAGGUCGACGACGACACUAGUGAUAGUAGUACUAGUCUUAGCCCUGUAAAUGUUCUCGUAGCUGAUUGUUUCGUUACUGACAGUUUUGAUAUCGCUGACAAAGUUGGUAUACCGAAAUAUAUAUUCUUCUGUCCUGCAGCUGAUUUAUUCCCCUUCAUGAUAUAUCUGACCAUACUUGAUAGUCAGGUGCAAGGUGAGUUCGUUCAUCUCAAAGAGCCAAUUCAAAUCCCUGGUUGUAAACCACUUCCACCAGCGGACAUAGUUGAGCAGGUUAGGAAUCGCAAGAUCGAGGGGUAUAAGUGGUUCUUACACCAUGCAAGCAGGUUUCCCCUAGCUGAUGGGAUUCUCUUAAACACAAGCCAAGAUCUUGAGUCAAAAACUAUUAAAGCAUUGCGAGAAGAUCCAACCCUACGACAAUUAGGUACUCCAUGUGUAUAUCCGGUCGGUCCGCUUGUUCGGGCACCAUUUGCAGAAGAUGAACAUUAUAUGAAAUGGCUUAACCAGAAACCGCAUGACUCAGUGAUAUAUAUUUCGUUCGGCAGCGAAGGAAUACUAUCACCUGAGCAGACGACAGAGCUAGCUUGGGGUUUAGAACUUAGUCAACAGCGAUUCAUAUGGGUGGCUCGGAAUCCAGUAGAAGCCUCCUCAUCUUUGAGUGUGGGUAAUAAUCCUGAUGAAUAUUUACCACAUGAGUAUCAAAACAGGAUCAACGGAGUAGGCUUGGUGAUCCCUUCAUGGGCACCACAAGUGGAGAUACUGAGUCACUCAUCAGUAGGUGGGUUUCUAAGUCACUGUGGUUGGAAUUCAACAUUAGAAAGCAUUUUCCAUGGUGUGCCCAUGAUAGCAUGGCCAUUAUACGGAGAACAACGGAGUAACGCUGCAAUGCUUGAAGAAGAGAUUGGAGUUGCCGUCAGAGUGAAGGUAAAAAGUGAUAAUGGAGUUGUGGGUAGGGAAGAGAUUGCGAAAUUAGUAAGGUUGUUAAUGGAGGAAGGAAAUGAAGAUAAUGAUCACAAGGAUUUCCAUUUGAGAACUAGAGCAAAACAACUUCAGAAAUUGAUGAUUCAAGCUGUGAAUGAAGGAGGGUCUUCUUACAAUUCACUAUCAGAGAUAGCAAAUGAAUGGAAAACGGGAUGCAACUUGGUUUGA